AUGGCGGGCGAACUCCGGCAAACCACCGGAAGAGUUGCGGACGCAAUGGCCCUGCUGCUGUUAGUACUCACCCUCGCCAGCUUGUCGUCUCCUUCUCGGGCGACGGCGGGAUCGGUGGCUCGUGAGGUUCUUCUGCUGGGGCCAACGGCCUCCGGUCCCGAGAGCCUCGCCUUCGACCGCGCCGGCGGCGGCCCCUACACCGGCGUCGUCGACGGGCGCAUCCUCAAGUGGAGCCCCCAGCGUCGCCGUUGGUCUCCCUUCGCCGUCCCCCCGCGGGCGCCGUACGGGUGAUUGAGCCAGCUAGCUAGCGAGCCCACGUAAAAAUCGGAGGUUUCCGUACCAUACAUAGCGUAACCUUCUUCCUCUGCGGUGGACAGGGAGGGCGCAUGCAACGGGUCCGGCUUCUUCCAGCCGACGAGCAUCUGUGGGAGGCCGCUGGGCCUGCAGUUCCACCACGCCACGGGGCGUCUGUACAUCGCCGACGCCUUCUACGGCCUGCUGGCCGUCGGCCCGGAGGGAGGAGUGGCGGCGCAGGUGGCGGCCGGUGCGGAGGACCGCCCCUUCCGGUUCGCCAACGCCGUCGACGUCGACCAGGAGACCGGUGCCGUCUACUUCACCGACAGCAGCGCCCGCUUCGGCAUCAGGGACCACGCGCUGGCCGUCCUCUCCGGAGACACCACGGGGAGGCUACUGAGCUACCGGGAGGCAUCGGCGGCGCCGCCGCGGGUGCUGCUGCGGGGCUUGGCCUUCCCCAACGGCGUGGCCCUCGGCGGGGGCGGCGCCUUCGUGCUCGUGGCGGAGACCACCAGGUGCAGGGUGCUGAGGUACUGGCUGCGCGGCCGCGCCGCCGGGAGGGCGGAGGUGUUCGCGGAGCUUCCGGGGUACCCGGACAACAUAAGGAGGAGGGCUGCAGAAGAGGGGGGAUACUGGGUGGGGAUCAACAUGGGAAGGCUGCAGAAAGGGGCGGAGGGGUGUCCGGUGGCAGCGAGGCUGGGGGAGGAAGGGAGGGUGUUGGAGGUGGUGGAGGACUGCGCCGCCGUGGGGGCGGUUAGCGAGGUGGUGGAGACGCGGAGUGGGGAGCUGUGGAUCGGCUCCGUGGUGAGGCCGUAUGUUGAGGUCUUUAAGAAGAAGUGA